AUGGAUCUGAAGAAUGAAAAAUAUAAUGCAUCAUUAACCUAAAUUGAGUUGACUGUGGAGACACUAACAAAUAUUCUUUUUAAUUAUGAAUUUUUUAAGAGAAUAUCAGGGUUUUUAAGUUUAAAGGAUGUUUUAACUCUUGGAUAGACCUGUCAUAUUUUAAAUGAAAUCGUUGAGAAACACAAAGAAUUCUUCGGAGAGAUCUAUUAUAAAUUAUUUCUUCAUGAACAACUUGAAAUGACUCUAGAGUUAAGCUACCCGGACAUACAAAAAAGAAAGUGGAUUAGAUUAUAGAAUUUUGACAACUCUUGCUUUGAUUGGAAGAAUCAGCUUAAAAAAAUGGUCGUAACCAAGUAAACGAGGCUUUCAAUAGUUAAUAGAUAGACUAUGAAAUUUCCAUUUAUCCUUUGCGAUGCUGUGUUUCCCAAACCCAUCUUAAAGAGAGAAACCAUCGGGAUACAUUGUGAAUCUGAGUUCCAAAUUAUGUUAGCUUAGCGCUUAGAACUGGAACAAAAAGGAUUUGAUAAGUUGUUUGACUUUUAAUUCAUUUAGAAUGAAUUGAUGAAUGAGUUAAAACAGAACAAAUUGCAAAUAUUGGCCGAAAUGCAAGCUAAGUUGCAACACAACGAAAAAUUGAAAAGCCAAUUUUUGUAAUUCAGAUGGAGUUUGGAAGAGGAACUCUGUGAAUACCAACAAUUGAGUCUCUAAAAAAUGGGUAUAGUUGACGAGGAAUUCGAAAAGCAAUUGGAACAAUUAGAUGAGGAAUAAAUUUGCAUAUUAACUUUAUUGAACGAGUUUUACACCUCUUUGGAGUGUUAUUUGGAAGGGUUAUAAAAGUACUUUAGUGUAUUUAUAAAUGCUAAUACCAUAAACAGUAUUGAUUUGCUUAGCGAAUACGUAAUGUAUUGGCAAGCUUAUAGUAAUGCCAUUAUGGACUUAUCAAUGAUUAUCUUUCCAUUUGAGAAUAUCAUAAAUGAGUUGCAUCAAAAUGUCUUCUCAAAAUACCCUCAAUAUCCGAAGUUUUCAAUUUGGAGAGUGAUGACUAAGAUGUGGAUAAAAUAUAUAAUUAGAAAUGAACAACUCCAACCUAUUUUAAUACAGUGUUAUUUACGUCUACUCUCAGCUCAAAGACAACAAAUGUUCAAAAAGGAGUUCGAUCAAGGAGUCAAUGAUGAUCUUGAAACUGCCCAAUCCUUUUAAAUCACUUAUGAGAUCUAUGAUAAUUUCUUACUUAAACAAAGGAAUAGUUAUAGGGAUCAAUAUUAAAUUGACACCUCGCAUCUAUUCUAUACUGAAAUUGUAGAUCUGCUAAGAAGUUUCACUCGAUGCAUCUAAGACAUAUCUAUUAGUGAGGUGUCUGUACAUUGGGUAGGCCAUAAAGAUUGUUGCUAUGAGGAGUUUUAUGAAUAGUUGAGUGAGAAAUUAUAAUAUGAAACCAGCUUUUAUUAUGACGAGAGCAGAUAAGUAUUUGGAUCAAACAUUAUAUCUUUUAUCGAGUUUAUUAAGUUUGAUAAGGAAUUUUUAUAGUAAAUUGUACCUGAACCUCUUAUGUUUAAAAUUGAAAAUCUUUAGCGAGAACACAUUUACACAUCCUUAUAUUAUUUUUUAGAAGUUUCGUAUCUUUAGAAAUUUGUGUAAACCAAUAAGGACUAAAUCAUGCAGGUUUAUAAAACCUCCAGACCCAAAUCUCCAAAACAAGAGCGCAUUUCAAUAACAUCCUCCUAAAAUAACGAACAUCUUGAAACUUAAGGAGAUUCUAAUUUAAAUGAUGCUCAGAAAUUCUUUAAUUUGUGUUUGGAAAACAGCAAUAUAGAUCUGGAAGAUCUGCUAAUCAAAGAGAAAAACAGAUAUCAAUAAGAUCCCUUGUUAGAAAUCAUCAAAGUAGCACUUUCUCAAAUGAACCUUGAAUAAUUGGCAUCCUUUGAUGAUACAUACUAAUUUGGGAGUUCCUAAGAAUUCCUUGAUUUUAAUAGGCCGCCAAGAAUACACAGAGCAUUUUCAAAUACUAAAUUGAAUGCAGAACAAACUGAAGUUCCAGAAGAAAUUAUUAAGGCCGCUAAGCAAUUUCUAUUAACUGAUGCCCAAUUUACUAAGCUCUAUCAAGUAUUCAAUGAAUAUACCGUUUAUUAUGAAAAAAUGCUACUAUAAGUUGUAACUAAAGACAGAGACGUUGAAUUAAUAAACAGUGACAGAGAAGUUCCUAGAAUCCUACCUGAAUACCUUUAAAGCUUUUAUUAUGUUUCAAGAUUCCUGACCAAUACUUUACUUGAGGAAAAUAUUGUUGAGGAUCCAGAAGACGAAUUUGAGGAUCUAGAUCUACCUCCAAGUCUCUCAAAAAAUUCAUCCAAAAAAUUGAAAAAAAAUUCCAAUCAAAUUGAGUAUUAUUACUCAGAAGAAGAAGAUGAGAUUAGCUACAACGACGGUGCUUGA